AUGAGCAAUUUUCUCAAUCUUGUCCUUAUUGGAGUCGCAAUCAUUGGCGGAGCUCAUGUAGCUUCGGCUCUUCCAGCAGCAAAAGAGUGCGCUCUUCAAGACAUAUACUUCGCAAUGUCCUGUGCAAAUCAAAUGAGAGAGUUUGGAUCCAAAGUCAAUCAACUUGAUGCCAACGAUCAGGGUGAGCUGAAGGAGUUCAAAAAGUCGUGCGGUUCACUCGACAAUUGUUUUAAGAAUAUGUGCAAACCAUUCCUCGAAGAUGAGGAAAUCACGACAGCGUUCAACAUGGCGAAGACCUACUGUGGAGUCAUUAACUACGUAAACGUAGAUUUCAAGAAAUGUGGAGAUAAAUUGGAUGCAGCAAAGUCUACUUGUUUUGAUAAUUGGGAUCCGUUCCUUGACGAAGACGAUUUGAAAGAUAAGAAGAAGAUUGAAGAAAACUGUAAAAAUUUCUUCGGGAAGGAUCAGUGUAUGAAGAAAGAGAUUUCGGCUCAGUGUGGCCAAAAAGAUUGGGAAUCAUUCCGCGAUGUGAGUUUCUUAAACGGUUAUGGAAAACAAAAAUUGCAUUUUCAGCACUUCAUCAAAAUCGAUGAGGAUAUCAUGAAGCAAUGCAACUUGAAGAAAAUGUUUACUUGA